GUGUCCGCCAGGUGGAGCGGAGGCCGUGAUCCUCUACACCACAAUCUUAAGGUCCAUACGGAAGACGUUUCGAGGACUGCCGCUCGAUCCGGUUCCUGCUGCAGAUCUUCAGGGUGGCGUUCCAGGAGCGUGACGUGGCGAUGGACUUGGGGUUCAGGGACGAGCUGUAGAAGGUUAUCGGCGGCGGCAGCGGCGGAAGGGUCAUCCCGCCGCGGCUUUUCAUCAGAGGGAAGUACAUUGGGGGAGCUGAUGAGGUCGCCAAGCUGCACGAACAGGGGAAGCUGA